AGUAGCAGGCAGAUGCGUCACAGCACGACCUUGCCUCGCUCACUUUCACUUCCACUUCAGCUAUUAUUUGGGCAGACGAGCAGCGGCGCUGUCGCAGACGCAUAGCAUCCCACGGGUUGUCACUCACUCGGCCCAGCGCUCACGAGUCACGACCCACAACUGACGAUCGUCCAUGUUCGGCGGCGACGAUGGCGCUAGGGUGCUGCGGCGAGCCGGCAGUUUCCCACGGGCACCGCCCCCGCCGGCGACGGCGAGGCACAUCCUCUCCAGGAGCGAGUCAAUCAAGAAGAAGAGCGGAGCCGCGAAGCGGGCACGCGUGCGCGCGGGGCUCGCCGCCGCGCUGCAGGAGCUCAGGCUCGCCGGCCGGAAGCACGGGGCCAGAAGCCGGGGAGGCGGGGCGUUGUCAGAAGCUGUCAGCGCCGGCGCCGGAGCCGGAGCCGCCGCGGGGCCGCGGGCUAGCGAUGACGUCCAAGGAGGAGGCUGCUGCGCCGCUGCUCCCCUGCACGUGUCCGACGUUGCCGAGGCGCAGGCGAGCAGAGGAGCAGCAGCCACCGCUGGUCGUCGUCGCGUGAACGCAGCAGGCGGCUGGACGACGCCGCUGCUGCUUGUAGCGGUGCUAGCCCUGGCGUGCGUGGUGGCGCUCGGCAGGACGCCGGCCGUUUGCUGCUGCACCUGUGCGGCAUGGCUGUGCCGCGGCCCUUGUGCGGUUCGGCCUCGACGGACGGGCGCCACCGGAGCAGCGAGCCCUCUGCUGCAGCGCGGUGCAGCGUCAGAUGCCUGUGGCUGUGAGCUUAACAUUGGACAUGUACGAGCAGGUGAUUAGCAUCAGACGUGUUGUUUGUCACUCAUGGACCGUCCGUGUAUUGUUAUUACUCCCUCUUUCCAUGCAUGAGGCCUUAUUUCGUUGUAGUACAUGUAUCGGGAUCGGACAGGAUUGAA